ACGGACGACAGUGAUGCUCCGUCUGGAGAGAGGAGGAGGAGGAGCAGGAGGAGGAGGAGGAGGAGCUGUGUGUGUCUGUGGAGAGGCUACGGCAGCACGGAAGGGUCAAAAUGCAGCGAGUACAGGUGAAGGUGAUGAAGGUCGUGAAGGUGGUGAAGGUGGUGAAGGUCGUGAAGGUCGUGAAGGUCGUGAAGGUGUGUGCGCUCGCUGGCUUCGCUCUAAAAGUCUCUCCUCCAUCAUCCUGUCCGCUGUGGCCGACCUGCAGGAGGCGCUUACACACACAGGCUCCUCCCCUCCUGAUGUGACUUCAGCGGCUCGCUCCGCUUUGUCCCGCCUCCUGGAUCACCUGCUCGACCAAUCAGACGCGGCCUCCGGUGCGUCCCCCUGCAGAGUGGACGAGGACACGCUGAGCGGACGGCUGAGAGUCGGACUGAGCAGACUGACGCCUCUGCAGCCCGACAUCAAGGCCCUGGUGUCGACGCUCCAGCAGCACUUCCUGCUCUUCAGCCAACGGCUGCACUCGGCCGAGGUGGAGAGGCGGAGCCUGAGGCUGGAGGUCGCCAAUCUGAAGAGAGGACUGCGGCAGGAGAGAGAGGAGACG